AUGUUCAACGAGAAUGAUGUGCCACUUGAGCGCCGGAAGGUGGCACUGGCGUUCGAUUCAAUCAUUACAAAAAAAGGGAUUCAGUGGGACGUCCAUGGGAAGAUGACUGGCAUCGACCAGAAUUUACACCUUGCCCCCAUCCAGACCAAGUUUAUUAAAAUGAAAAGAACAAAGAAGAUGAGAAAUACCUGCAAGGUAUCGAUAGUGUCGAAGAACACAUGUCAAAUCUCUCUGAGCAUUUCCUAG